CAAAAAGGCGCAAGGGCUUCUACGCAAGUACCUGAAGACAUCAAAUUGCUCGUACGAUCGUUGGAAACCGCAGGAUCUGUUUCGGCGCUCCGAGCUCAGCUAGGAUCUUGCAUAGAUUUGAUCAGCAGUGCUUCUGAUCUUGCCUCAGCCCUUCAGGCCUUGGUAACAUGGGCAAAUCGAAUGAAAACCUACGCCGUCGAAGGGCUUCUCACGGACGAUGAGCAAGAGCGAUUGUGCGACGUUAUUUGGGAAGCAUUCGACGCGCCGCAACCUUACAUCGCCCCUCUCGCCAAAAGCCUCUUGGUUGGCUUGCUAGAUUCAAUUCUCUCAUCUCCUGAUGCUGAGCCACCUCGUUGUCGCUUGCUGGACCUGAUCAUAUCGCGGAGUCUGACCAAUAUCUGGCGCAAGAAGGCAAUCUUCGCGUUUGAGACGUUGCACGAGCGCUACGGCACUGGCUUUUUCUUCAACAAAGAGCUCAUGGGACUUGACUCGAUCGGUAACAUCUACUCAGGGCUCAUGCAGGCGCCUAAGGGCCUAGAGAGUAGCAGCAGACGUAGAGCAAAUAUCGCCAUCGCCAUCUUGCAAGAGGAUGCAAAAAGACUAGGGCUCAUUCAUUGCAAGGGCAAUCUUGUCUGUGAAGGAACGGAGAGAUCUGUCCUACAGAGAAAAUGGGAUAUAUGGUGCAGUCACUGGGUUGAGCCGUUGAGCUUCGUGCUUCGGUCCUCCACGACAAGACAGAGGGCGACGAUGGGCGCGCAUCACCUGGUUGACCUCUUCAACUUUUCGCAUUCAGCCUUGCAGGCUCUGCUUCAUCAUCUUUGCCGAGGAGAGACGAUGCCACCCUCGGACUCAUCAUCAUAUGGAAAUGAGGAACGUUUCAUUACCACGCGGGCUCCAGCGAUUCUGAGUGUUCUCAAAUUCGGCAAGGACCUUGGGCUGAUCACUACGGUCGAAGGAGGACAUCACAGGCGCGUAGUACCUCUUGGAGAACCAGUCGACCUCACGAUAGGCGCAGACUCAGGCGCCCUCGUAUCUGUUCCGGCACUCAUCAUGUCCAUGUGGCUCAACACUGCGAAUCAGGAAGUGCAGCUCGGUACGCUAGGGCUGAUCAUAUCGUCCAAGCAACCCACUCUGCCUCUAUCCAAGGCGGAACUCGACAUCAUUGCCACCUAUUUAGGCUCAACAUUCGAAGGCCUUUCUCCAGAAAGCAGGACUGCCGCGCGCGGCUGCGUAUGCCAUCUGCUCACUCGACUGCAGGCAAGCACUUACGCAGCCAAUAGGACCUUGGAAGGGAGGAGCGGGAAAAAGGACGCCCAGGCUCUUUCAACACAACAGCGCAUCAUUGCCGAUGCCCACACGUUUUUGAGGGAAGUGGAGACAAUGAUACGUCAACAUCUGCGGUUGGGCUCUUCGUUCCCCGCAGCAUCGCAGGCGCUCACGUAUCUCGAGAUCUUUUUUGACGCUAAGGUUGACGCGCGAUUGCGCAGUGCUGCAAACCACCCUGAGGGAAAGAAAGAUGCUUUCCCUUUUACAGUGGUCCUUACAGAUUGUGACAUGGUCGACAGAUUGCUGCAGAUGGCACAUAGCACAUAUGACGCCUUGUCCGAGCGUGCAAUCAAGGUACUAAAGCGCUUCCCAGGACCGCUGCCCGGUAUGGAAAACAAAGACGAUGUCGAACAACGCAUCUUAUUCCCGGCAAAAAGACUGCUAUUGAGCACCAAAGAAUUCGAAGGCAUCAAUGGAGCCGCACUAUUAGACCUCUAUCAGUACAUGUACGUCAAAGGCUUGGGAUGGCCGGCCCUAUCUUUCACGCCUAAUGUCGCCGUCGAUACUGCUAUAGCCCAACCGAUGGGCCGAUGCAUUGCCGCUUUGCUCGGUAGCUUGGAAGAAGGCAUCCAUGUCGCUGAGAUCGGCAUGCUGAAAGAUGUCGCCAUCACCCAUCCUUUGCACGGAACGUUGACUGCCCUGCAGCAUAUGUUCAGCAAAUUCAAACUCGACGAAGACACGGGCCAUCACGAUGAAAUGCGCGCCCUAUCAGAACGUGCGUUCCAAGCCAUCGAUCGCAUUUGGGUCAUCGUAUCCCCCGUGCUGUGUAGUGCUGCACCAGAGGGAAAUCUAGGAGAAGUUGACGAGCGAACGACCGCGAUGGCGCAAAUGACAAUCGAGGACGGAGACCGCAUGGCCUCGACGGAUGUAAGCCCAGAAGCGGACGGAGAGGCUGAGCCCAAAACAAAUGGGACAGGGUACCAAACCGUUCUGUCUUAUGCAUGGCGAGCCAUCAAAGAAUCGUCCGCUCUCGUUAGUUCUAUUUCUGCAGCUACAUACACGCCCUCGCCUCGGCCUCUGUGGAACCUUGCGGAAACAGAUGCACUAGGACAACGCUUCAUUACUUGGUUGAUGCAUGUGCGUCAUCGCGGCGCCUUCAGCACGAUUUAUCCGGCAUUUGCAACGACCAGCGGCGCCAUUAUUCGUUUUGGCGAUGCGGAACAAAGUCUGCUCCCACAGAAAUGGCUUCAAUAUUUUAUCGGAGCCAUUGCUGGACCUUCUGGUGCGCUCACUAUCACACGGCGCAGUGCAGGCCUGGCCUAUUCUGUCGUGGCUCUGCUCACAGCUCACGUUCACGAGCACGCCAUCAUUGAACGAACAAUUGUUCGCCUCAUCGAGGUCUGCGAAGAAGACCAGAAGGACAAAAGUUCAAUGCAGAAUACACCACAAAUCCACGCAUUCAACACACUGAGGUACAUCGUCGCAGAUGGCAUGUUAGCCCCAGCUUGCAAGCCGUUUCUUUCCACCCUCAUCUCUCUUGCCAUAUCUCGCUUCUCUUCUAGCUUAUGGACUUUGCGAAAUGCAGCUUUGAUGCUCUUUUCUGCAGCCUGCAUCCGCAUCUUCUCGCUCCAGAUGGUCAACAAGCGGGAUGCCAGGCUCAUGCUCACUUUUCGCGAGUUCCUCACCCGUUUCCCUGGGCUGGACGACUUUUUCGCCAAAGAGUUGCGACAGUGCAAUGCUGCGCUGCAGGGCAUUUCUGGCGAAGCCGGCGCGGAUACUAGAGCGUUUGCGAUCCUGAUCUUUAUAUCUAACGUGAGAUCGGCGGAGAUGCAAGAUCUGCCAGAGACUGUCGCUCUCGUCAAAGCUGUCAAAAUGUGCCUUGAGAGCUCUAUUUGGAAGAUUCGAGAAAUGGCAGCAUAUGCCCUUGUUGCUCUGACGCCGGAGAGUAAAAGGAUGGAAGCCGCACAUUGUCUCUGCGCCGCGCCUGUGCAUGGCACCAACUGGUUGCACGGCACUUGGCUUGCCAUCUGGCAUCUGCUCAGAAGUACCGUCAAUUCAGACUCCCUCGGCACAACUGGAGAUGCCGAAUCUGUGCUAGAAGCCUGCAAGGGUCAAGCGCAGGCUUCCUCAACAGUGCCAGCCUCCAUUUUAACCCUCGUCAAUCUGUCUCUGAGCAAGCUAUCACAAAGUGUCGACCGUCCAGGCAACGCCGAGUCUCACUACCAGCUUGCGGGAAGUCUGCGAGAACUCAUCGCCAUCCUGGACAUCACACAAUGCGUCCCACAAAAAGAAAAUUUGCUUCUCUCGCUAGGAUCAACAUUGAAUGCGGGCGCUGGUAACGACAUACAGGCUAUCACAGCAGCGAUGCAGCGCAUCGCAGCCGCAUCCGAUGAGCAUGAGGCCGAGACGACGCGCGCUGCCGCUUUGCGAGCCCUGCGCCGCGUUCCUUUCGAAAAUUUCGCGACGUCGACGCACGUGCUAGGGUUUGUUGCGCUGCUGAACUUUUUGCAGGACGAUGAUGAGACAUUGCGCGACGAAGCAGCGGGAUUGACAGCAGAGUACCUCGCAUCGCAAACACAGGCCGCUCAGACGUAUCAUGGGCCUUAUGACCUGCUCUUUGAAGAGAGUCCGCGAUUGGGCUCCAGCCCAUCCCGCUGCAUUAUCCUACUACAUGCGCGACUAAAUCUACUUCUGAAGUUCCGAAUUCCCUGGUCACGCUAUCUGCUAGAGCAGUUGCUGCCUGACGAUGAAGAAUUUGAACAUCAAUUUCUGCGCGCAUUCCCGGCGCAGACUCGGCUGUUCUCCGAGGAGAGGCCGAAUCUUCACAAAGAUCGCGUAGCCGACGUGAAACGACUUCUCCAGUCGGCAUCGAAAAUGCAUUUGCUGUCUCUACCGGAGGCUCGCGAACAGGCCGGGCGGAUACAGAAGCAUCUCGGACGUGCCUUUUCGCUCGUCAAAAGCACACAAGUCCGCAGUCUUUCGGGGGAAGCGGAGCUGCUCGUAACGCAAUUGCUCGCCGCAGCAAUGCUUUCCUGCACCUCAGACAGUGCCUCGGAUGCCACCGAGCUGACAGGCUUGAGGCAAGCCAUUGAAUGGGCAAAAAUGGACCUGGGAGUCCACAUCGACACACCAUCGCAUCCUUUCAGUCGGCAAGCAGCGACUCGGGACGACAAGGCACUCUUACGCCCCCAUCGAAUAGCAAUGAUUUCAGACUUCUUCUUUCCGAAUGUGGGGGGCGUUGAAGGGCACAUCUACAUGAUCAGCCAACGGCUGCUGGCCCGAGGACACAAAGUUAUUGUCAUCACGCAUGCGUACGAUCCAGAUCGGGUUGGCGUGCGCUUUCUUGCCGGCGGCCUCAAGGUUUAUUACGUCCCAUAUGGGGUCAUCGCGCAGCAGGACGCACUGCCGAACUUCCUGGCUCUCUUAGCACCGCUGCGCACCAUCUUGAUUCGAGAACAGAUCCAGAUUGUCCACUCGCACCAAGCCUUAUCCUCUAUGGGCCAUGAGGGGAUCACACACGCGAAAACGAUGGGUAUCAAGGCGGUUUUCACUGACCAUUCUCUCUUUGGUUUCGCGGAUGCGGCUGCGAUCAUGACCAACAAGCUACUCAGGUUUGCAUUGAGCGACAUUGACCAUGUGGUCUGCGUGAGCAAUGUCGGAAAGGAAAACACGGUUCUCAGAGCCCACGUGGAUCCUUCGAUCGUGUCGACAAUUCCAAAUGCUGCAGUCACUUCACAAUUCUUACCAAGGCCAGACGCAGCCGGCCUUGGACUGCUGACCAUAGUCGUUCUCAGCCGACUAAUGUACCGCAAGGGCAUUGAUCUACUCAUCGCUGCGAUUCCGCGCAUCUGCAGUCUUCAUCCGGACGUGCAUUUCGUCGUGGGAGGUGACGGUCCAAAAAGAGUGGAGCUUGAGCAGAUGCGCGAGCGCUUUUUUUUGCAAGAUCGUGUCGAACUCGUGGGGGCUGUCCCUCGAAGCAAAGUAAAAGAACAUCUGACACGCGGGCAAAUCUUCCUCAACACGUCACUGACCGAAGCGUUCGGUACGGGCAUUGUCGAAGCUGCUUCGUGCGGACUCUUCAUCGUGAGCACACGCGUAGGCGGUGUGCCUGAGGUGCUACCUGCGGCGAUGAUGCAGCUGGCCGAGCCGCACGAGGAAGACAUCGUCAGCGCAACCAGUGCCGCCAUCACAUACGUGCGCAGCGGGCAACAUGACCCAAAUCAAUACCACGAGGCUGUCAAAGAGAUGUACUCGUGGAGUGAUGCUGCAGAGAGACUUGAGAAGGUCUAUGACCAUGUCAUUGUCAAAGAAACUGUAGACCCUGUCACGCGGCUGCGCAACUAUUAUUCGUGCGGUCCCAUUGCCGGCUUUGUCUUUUGCAUCAUUGUUGUCGUCGACAUGCUGCAUCUGAAGCUCUUGGAGUGGCUGCUUCCGGCCGAAGAGGUGGAUAGGGCAAUCAACGUUUAG